AUGCUGGACCUGGCGCAGCUGUGCCUGCGCGGCCUGAACGGAAGCUCUGAGUUGCGGUGCGAGGAGGAUGAGGAGAAGGCGAGAGAAAGGGAAGACGGAACCGGCCUCCCCGCUUCCUGUUCAGCUGCGUGCGGAGCUCGAGUAACAUGCUCGGGGACUUGUAAGCACUCGGAACCGCAGACGGCCGUCAUGGCCAACGGUCGGGUUGACCGCUGGUGCAGCGUGGAGGAGGUGACGCCGCCGCCAAAGGCCGUCAACGGAGGCUGUCUUGCCGCUUCCGAGGCCCCGGAUGAACGAAGCGGCGGUUCGGCUGGCCGAGCCGCCUCAAGCGCCGGAGCCUCCUCCCCGGACCCGUCGGCUUCCUCCGAACUGAGCGAGGACGUAUCGCCUUCCGACGAGGACAGCGCCGGGCCCGCUUGGGUCGUCAGGCCUCACACUUUAAGCACCGAACCGAAUCGCAGCGUGUCGCUCAGCUGCGACGCCACCCCCGCCGAGCAAGGCGACUUGUGUUUCGGGGAGCAUUGCGUUUUCGAAGCGGGCCGCCGGCAGAGCGCACCCGAACCGGACCUCCGAGCGCAGCCGAACUGCGACGAGACUACUCUCGUCUCCAAGAGGUUCGGAAUAGUUCACUUCUUCACCAGGAGUCUGUUUCCCAGGCGAUCCAAAGAGUCUACGCCGCAGUCCCACAAUGCACCAGGGUGGCGACUGUUUAGCAAGCCCAGAGCGGACGCCGCCGCCAAAGAAGAAGAAGCUGCUUCCCGGUCCGCUGAACAGGUUUCUCCGCAGCGACCCCCAGCGGUCAGCAGGAGGAAGAACCUUGAGUUUGAGCCUCUUUCCACCACAGCGCUCAUCCUGGAGGACCGACCCUCAAAUCUUCCUGCCAAAUCUGAGGAGGAGACGCAACGGCACAAACUCGAAUACGAGGAAAUGGUGGCCGGCGCCAAAAGGAGAGAGUUGAAGGACGCGCAAAAGAAGAAGCGUCAGAUGAAGGAGCGCCAUCGACAUGAGGACAACAUCUCACACGCCAUGGUGGUGUGGAACACGCACAUCCUGCCGCACUGGGACUCCAUGAAGGGCACGCGCCGUGUAAAGGACCUGUGGUGGCAGGGUGUCCCCCCCAGUGUGAGAGGACGCGUGUGGAGCCUCGCCAUCGGAAACGAGCUCAACAUCACAGCGGAACUGUACGAUAUCUUCCUGUGUCGCGCCAAAGAAAAAUGGAGGAGCUACAGCGAGACCAGCUCGGUCAACAACGACAGCGAAAGCGACGGCGGCGCCUCACUGGCCGACCGAGAGUCCAGUCUGGACCUGAUCAAGCUGGACAUCUCCAGAACCUUCCCUUCGCUCUUCAUCUUCCAGAAGGGUGGUCCUUACCACGACGUCCUCCACAGUGUGCUGGGAGCGUACACAUGCUACCGACCUGACAUUGGAUACGUUCAAGGCAUGUCCUUUAUCGCUGCUGUCCUCAUCCUCAACAUGGAGGAAGCGGACGCCUUCGUCACCUUCGCCAACCUGCUCAACAAGCCGUGCCAGAUGGCCUUCUUCCGUGUCGACCACCAUCUGAUGCUGAAGUAUUUUGCCGUCUUCGAGGUGUUCUUCGAGGAGAACCUGCCUCGCCUCUUUAACCACUUCAGGACCAACAAAUUCACGCCGGACCUCUACUUGAUUGACUGGAUCUUCACGCUGUACAGCAAAUCUCUGCCGCUGGACGUGGCGUGCCGCGUGUGGGACGUGUUCUGCCGCGACGGCGAGGAGAGCCUGUUCCGUACCGGCCUCGGCAUCCUGCGACUCUUCCAAGACGUGCUGCUGCAAAUGGACUUCAUCCACAUGGCGCAGUUCCUCAGCCGGCUGCCCGAAGACUUGCCGGCGCACGCGCUUUUCACCGCCAUGGCCGCCACGCACAUGAUCAGCAGGAACCGCCGCUGGGCUCAGGUGUUUUCAUCGCUGCCAAAGGACCAAAACAAAGAGACGGACAAGAGUGGAAGCCCCGCCCUCUCAAGUUAA